CCAGUCUGAGUUCCAACAUUAUUGACAUUUCGGGACCAUUUCUAAUUUGUAAACAGCUCCCGAACUAAGUCCAGGAUGUCCGAAGCACAAGUUUCUUUUAAAAAAGUGAACAGAAAGCAAGCAUUCGCUAGAAAACGGAAAGGAUCCUCAUCUGAGUCAGAUUCUGAUGCUGAGCAGCAAUCAGCCGUGGUCCGCGCAGAAAACCGCCGCAAAAAGACGAACCCCAAUAUUCAGAGCACGAAAACGUUUCAAAAACGGAAGAAGGAGGAAAGCUCGUCCGGCUCUGAUAAAAGCAGCGAUGAUGAGGAUGUUGGGGUCUCGUACAGAUCGAAGCGGACGGCCUUGCCGCAAGGUCCCAGCGACCAGGGAGCGACCGCCACAAAUGAAAUGGAGACGGAGCUGGACAGGGACGCGCAGGCAAUCUUCGAAAGGAGUGUAGAGAUCAACAAGGAGCUUGGGGGCAAGGAGGACGACAAAGUCUACCGCGGGCUCAACAACUACGCACAAUAUUACAAAAAGAAGGACUCGGCCGUCGGGAACGCCAGCUCUGGUCUGGUUAGAAAUGGUCCAAUCCGAGCGCCCGCCCAUCUGCGAGCCACCGUACGGUGGGACUACCAGCCGGACAUCUGCAAGGACUACAAGGAGACGGGAUUCUGCGGGUUCGGCGACAGCUGUAAGUUCUUGCACGACCGGAGCGACUACAAGGCCGGCUGGCAACUGGAGCAGCAACACGCAGCACAGCAGGCGGGCGAGUCGGACGACGACGACACAAAGUACGAAAUUCACUCGGACGAGGAGACGCUGCCCUUCAAGUGCUUCAUUUGCCGCGACAGCUUCACAAACCCAAUCGUAACCAAGUGCAAGCAUUACUUCUGCGAGCAGUGCGCCCUGGACAACUUCAAAAAGUCGUCCAGGUGCUAUAUUUGUCGGGCGCAGACCCAUGGAGUGUUCAAUCCGGCCAAGGAACUGAUUUCGAGGCUGAGCCGGGGACACGAGCAUGACCACGAUGACUGCGGCGGAGGCGACGACAGUGACUCCUCAGAUGGCGAUUGAUUGCAUUAUUUAAGAAUAAGGUGUACAGCUGGCAUUAGAAUAUUGUUUUAUGGGAAAUAUAUGUUAUUUGAAGUAGAAAAAACGAAAAA